AGGAGCCGCGGGCGGCCGAGCCGGGCCGUCGCCCCGGCGCCGCUGAGAGAGGCCGGCGCGGAGGGGAAGGGGCCGGCGGCUGCGGCGGCGGCGGCCAAUGCGAAACUGGCUGGUGCUGCUGUGCCCCUGUGCGGUCGGGGUCGCGCUGCACCUCUGGCUGCUGCUGAGCUGCCGCGGGAGCCACCCGGCAGGUCCACUGUCCUUAUUUCCUCAGUGGAAGCUGAAACAUUAUGAUGUUAUUGUAGGUGUUUUGUCCGCUCGACACAAUCAUGAACUACGCAGUGUUAUAAGGAACACUUGGUUCAAGCACCUGAAACAACAUCCUGCACUGAGCCAACGUGUCCUUGUGAAGUUUAUAAUAGGUGCGCAUGGUUGUGCUGUGCCAGUGAAGGACAGAGAAGACCCCUACUCCUGCAAACUUCUGAACAUCAGUAACCCAGUUUUGAAUCAGGAAAUCGAAGCAUUCAGUCUCCCUGAGGAUGUACCUUCUGUGCUAUCUGAAGACAGAAUUGUCAGCGUGAAUUUUCGUGUACUUUACCCCAUUGUCAUUACCAGUCUUGGGGUAUUUUAUGAGGCUGAUGGGGUGGGAUUCCAGAGGAACAUCACUGUAAAACUGUACCAGGCAGAACAUGAGGAAGCGAUCUUCAGUGCUCGCUUUAGUCCACCGAGCUGUGGAGUGCAGGUGAACCGAUUGUGGUACAAGCCAGUAGAGCAGUUUAUUUUGCCAGAGAGUUUUGAAGGUACCAUUGUGUGGGAGAGCCAGGAUCUUCAAGGCCUCAUUUCAAGAAACCUUCAUAAAGUGAUGGUGAACGAUGGAGGAGGUGUUUUCAGAGUCAUUACACAGGCAGGGGAAGGGUCACUGCCACAUGAACUCACAGAAGGUGUGGAGGGAAUAGCAGGUGGUUUUAUCUACACUAUUCAAGAAGGUGAUGCUCUUUUACAAAACCUCCAUACUCGCCUGGAAAGGUUUACAAGUCACAUAAAAAACCUUGAGAAAGAAGAUACUUUAUUGAAGGAAGAAAGCAGUACCUAUGAUGAUAUUGUUUUUGUAGAUGUUAUUGACACUUACAGAAAUGUUCCCACCAAACUGCUGAACUUCUACCGAUGGACAGUUGAAUCAACAAGUUUUGACUUGUUGCUGAAGACGGACGACGACUGUUACAUUGAUUUGGAGGCUGUUUUUAACAGGAUAAUGCAGAAAAAAUUGGACAGGCCAAACAUUUGGUGGGGGAAUUUCAGACUAAAUUGGGCAGUUGAUCGAACUGGGAAAUGGCAAGAGCUGGAGUAUCCAAGUCCUGCAUAUCCAGCCUUUGCUUGUGGGUCCGGCUAUGUCAUCUCCAAAGACAUUGUUCAGUGGCUGGCAAGCAACUCUGAAAGGUUAAAGACAUACCAGGGUGAAGAUGUAAGCAUGGGCAUCUGGAUGGCAGCUGUAGGACCCAAGCGAUAUCAAGAUGGUCUUUGGUUGUGUGAGAAGACAUGUGAGAGUGGCAUGCUGUCUUCCCCCCAGUACUCUCCCCAGGAACUGAAAGAGCUGUGGAGAUUAAAGGAACUGUGUGGAGAUCCAUGUAGAUGUGAAGAAAGAUGAUGGACUUGCCUUGGAAAACAGGGUAGUGUAUAAUGAUCAUGGAAAAGUGUACAUUUCGAUUUAUUCCAGGAACAAUAAGAAAUAUUAAGGUACCUUUUAAUGUUGGGUUUCAACUUAAGCAUAACAAUAUUUGCACAUCCCUUUUGAUAACUAGAAGUGGACUGAUACUAUUCAUUUUCUAUAGUAUAGAUUGAUCUGACAAAAACCAAAAUGCUUAAGAUAAAAAGAUUUCCUUUUUAUAUAAAGGUAAAGACCUACUUGUAAUUAAUAAAUGCACUUAAGAAUGCCAACUAGCCUGUCUUUUGUAAAUUAAAGAAUUACUGAUUUAACUCAGUAUAGAGCAGUACCAGGAUCCAGUGGAGAGCUGUGCUCAGCACCAGGGCAUCCGGUAAGUCUUGCUGCAGCAGGUUCUGUGCUGUCUAAAGGGUUGCCCUCAUCUGUGCAGGGGCUGGGACAGCAAUGGGGGUUAGGAUUUACACUUACUUUGUUUAUACCAUUGCCAUUUUAGAUAAAAACAGUAUCAAAGUUUGCUUAUACCAAAUCUUCAAGUACUGCAAACUUAGGAGGGAUUUCUGAGAACUCACUGUGUUAUUAGAUAUGAAUCUGAGGUUACACAAGGGAAAGUAAAGUAAGAUUGAGGACCAGCACACUAAAGAAUGUAAAAUAAGUAGCAUUGCCUUGCAGUGUGCUGGGAACUUAUUUAUACUAUGGUAUGUUAACACUGUAGGAUAGAAUAAAGGUCUGUCAGAUUUUGACUUUUAAUAGUCUAAGGCUGUGUAGGUACUUCUAAAAUUACUGCUGGGUUUCAUUUGCUUUAAGGUUGCUGGACGUAGGUGAAAACAAAGAGCAAGUAGCCUCUCAGUGCAGCACUAAUCUUGUCUUGUAAGCAAAGAGAUCACAACUAAACCCUGUACUCGGUUCAGUAAAACAAAUUCUCACUGCUGCAGUGGGAAGGCAGAAGGGUUACCUUGAGUUUUAUUUAAUUAAAGCAUUUAAGUACUAUUUGGUAUCUCUCAAGUAAGAGAAAUGAGUAGAUGCUUUCAGGGAGGCUGAUGAUAGAGUUGAGGAGCUGAAAGUACAGUUGUACAGCCCUCUGGUGCCACGUGUGAAACUCGUAUUCGCCCGUAGGUGUGUUCAGGCACAGGCUGUCCAUACUGCCUGCGGCCACUCUGUCACUCUUCUGCAGUUCCUGUGUCGGCUUUUCCUUCAGUCUAGCAAGAGUCCCUUCUUACCACCGUACUAACACACAGUCUCCACUUUCUAUUGAGUAAAACUGCAAAGGCUUUAAGUCAUUGUCUAGUUCAACUUCUUUUC